AUGGGUAUGAAACAUGACCUUAGUAGUCGAAUGGAGAGCAUGGAAAGAAUAAUAAACCGAGUGGAAGAAAAAAUGGAAGGGAUGGAAAGCUAUCUUUACAAGGAGUUGGAUAACUUGGUAGAGCAACCAAGCCUUCCUAAUCAAGUUCUCGUGAGUGGACAUGCCCCACAUGAGCUACAAGUGCACCUGUUGGAAACAGUGCAUCACUUCAUUGAAGAAUUGCAUCUGUUCAUUCGAAACAGGAACAGUAUAUCCAUCAGUGCAUGCAUCGGUUCAGUCGGAAAGAAACAUUCUGGAACAUCUGGAGGGGAGAGCAAGUUGAUACCAACAACAGAUGAAGUGCUUAGGAGGAGAUCACAGCUUGACAAGCUUCAAAAAUGUGUGAUGAGCCAAGCAGUUCCGGAUUAUGGAAAUGACAAAGCAAUGUAUUUCAUGUUCUUAAGGUCUGAAGAAAAGACCCCCGGAGGAUUAACAGCUCGCUCUCUUUCAACGAGUAUUUACAGGAGUCCUUAUUUCGACUUUAGCCGUCCUCAAAAUAACUACACUAGUCCACCUGCAACCUUUCUUUGUCCAGACUCUUACCAAAGCAUGUAUUCACAAAUGCUCUGUGGUCUCUGCCAGAACAGGCAAGUCCUCCGCGUUGGCUCCUUUUUCGCGACCAGCUUCAUCCGUGCCAUACUGUUCCUGGAGAAAUACUGGUCUCUGCUUUGUGAAGAUAUUCGGACAGGAACUGUUGAUGCUAGUGUAACUGAUCCGUCAGUGAGAGAGGCAGUGAUGAAAAUCCUUAAACCUGAUCCAAAUUUAGCUGAUUUUAUUGAGGCUGAAUGCACCAAAGAUUCAUGGAAAGGGAUCAUUACUAGAGUAUGGCCCAAUGCCAAGUAUGUGACUACUACUGUGACUGGAACCAUGUCACAAUAUGUACCUACUCUUGAUUAUUACAGCAGUAGCCUCCCACUCAUUUCGUCAAAUAAAGUUUCCAAAUCCGAAGCGAGUGAUGAUGACGACGACGGCAUGAGCCAUGAACACGUCCUGGUUUUCAUGAGAGAUUAG